ACCACCACCACCACAUUCCCUGAACACCAAUUCUCCCAACGACGACAACGCUGUCUCCCUACAUCAAUUGAGGGAGCGAAUCGUCGCAAUGGCAUCGCUCCGAGCCUACAAUGCAGCUUGCCUGCUCCGCAGCAGUGCCAAUGUCCGAGUUUCUGUCGCGAUGACCGCUCGCCGAUUCGAGAGCCAGCUCGCGCCCGGCACCACAGGAGUGCCCGCCGCAAUCCCCUCUACUGAACAGAACGGACCUGACUAUACCAUUACCGCCGACAAGGCGACCUCCACCUUCACACCUGUUCCUAAGAAGCUUCAAAACGCCAGCGAGGACGUUCCCUACCUCCCAGCCGCCGUCAUCUCUGGUGCCCCCAUUGAGCUCCAGGCACGCAGCGUCCGCAUUUACCAGGAGGCCAAGCCCGCGACGCAGUCCGGCAACUGGCAGGGACACCACUGGCGCAUGGACUGGGACAUCCUCCCCAAGGGCCACCGAUGGGAGAAUCCUCUGAUGGGCUGGCAAUCAUCAGGAGACAUGAUGCAAGGCACCAAGCUCAACUUCAAGACCAAGGAAGACGCCAUCCACUUCGCCGAGAAGCAAGGCUACGAAUAUUUCGUGUCGGAGCCUCAGUCGAGGAGAAUCAAGCCCAAGGCCUAUGCCAACAACUUCCUUUACUCGCCCAACAAGCUCAAGCAUAUCCGCACCAAAUAGACGUUGUACCAAAUGUAUAUAAUAUAAGGCGUCUCUUGCUUCCUAUACCAGGGCACUGAACCAAGAAAUGGCCCUGUUUACACUUGAUGUGAUUAAUUACAAUGAACCUCAUUACUGUCACACACACAACAGAGA